UAUUACUGGCUUGCUCUCCCCGCACCGCUGAGCCCACCGCCUCUGCACCAAUCACAGCCUGCCUGUACCUUCGCGCACAUGCAUCCACGAAGGCACAGACACAGACCCUGACAUACACAAACACACACACACACACGCACACACACACAAGUACACGGCGAUCCAUCGCUUCGGUCCUCCACUCCGCUGCCUUCACAUGCGUCCCCAACGACUAGCGACGCGUAGCGCCGGCUGCGCCAAGAUGAGCGGUGGCCCCGGUAGCAUCUAAACGUCUCGCCGCCUGACUGACCCAGAGCCGGGGAGAGAGAGAGAGAGAGGGAGAGAGAGAGAGAGAGAGAGAGAGAGAGAGAGACAGAGAGAGACCAUCUUUCCUCUCUCACAACCCAUCUUCCCUUCGCCAGGAAGAGACCGCAGCGCAAGCCGUUUCUUUCGGCAUCUUUUCUUUUUUUUCCACCACCCCUCUUCCUCCAGUUCUUGCUGCAUCUCUCUGUUACUGUCGGUCUCCCGGUUUGAAGGAGAAACCGGAGAGAGCCCGGUCGUGGUAUUGUGGAAAUACAUUUUUACAUUUUUUUUCCUGCUGGGUGUUGGUAGCGCGCAGUUGGUGCGCGCCUUUGCAAAUUCCGGUGAAUGGUGGAUUUGGCAAACAUGGAGACCGUGGAGAAGGAAUGCGGGGCCCUCGGGGGUCUAUUCCAGGCGAUUGUCAACGACAUGAAGUGCUCCUAUCCUGUGUGGGAGGACUUCAGUGCCAAGGCCACUAAGCUGCAUUCCCAGCUCCGAACCACUGUUCUGGCUGCUGUGGCUUUCCUGGAUGCCUUUCAGAAGGUGGCAGACAUGGCCACCAACACCAGAGGGGCAACCAGAGAUAUCGGUUCAGCUCUGACCAGGAUGUGCAUGAGGCAUCGCAGCAUUGAGGCCAAACUUCGCCAGUUCACCAAUGCUCUGAUGGAGAGUCUGAUCACUCCUCUCCAGGACAAGAUUGAGGACUGGAAGAAGACAGCCAACCAGCUGGAUAAGGAUCAUGCCAAAGAGUACAAGAGGUCUCGGCACGAGAUCAAGAAGAAGUCAUCUGACACCAUGAAACUACAGAAGAAGGCUCGUAAAGGGCGAGGCGACCUGCAGCCUCAGCUGGACAGUGCCAUGCAGGAUGUGACUGACAUGUGCCUGUUGAUGGAGGAGACAGAGAAGCAGGCAGUGCGCCGGGCCCUUGUGGAGGAACGGGGUCGCUUCUGCACCUUCAUCGGCUUCCUUCAGCCUGUCGUGAAUGGAGAGAUCGCCAUGCUGGGAGAGAUCACCCACCUCCAGGCCAUCAUCGAUGACCUCACUGUGCUGACAACCGAUCCUCACAAACUGCCCCCAGCUAGUGAACAGGUGAUCAAGGAUCUGAAGGGCUCAGAUUACAGCUGGUCCUACCAGACCCCUCCUUCAUCUCCAAGCAGCUCUGGCUCCCGCAAGAGCAGCAUGUGCAGCAGCGUCAACAGCGCCCACAGUAGUGCCUCCCGUUCAUCAGGGGGAGGCGGUAGUGCUGGUAUUGGUGGCGGUGGUGGAGGCUCUCAGCCCCACUCACCCACCUCAUCCUCCUCCUCCUCCUUACGCUACCGCAGCAGCCUGCCGCACCAGCCUCCACCACCGGGGGGCAUUGCCGCCCACCGCCUCAGCAGCGUCUCCUCCCACGACUCAGGCUUCGUGUCCCAGGAUGCAAACAUCUAUUCCAAGCCCCCCUCGCCCAUGCCCUCAGACAUCACUAGCCAGAAGUCAUCCAGCUCAGCAUCAUCAGAGGCCUCAGAAACAUGCCAGUCAGUCAGUGAAUGCAGCUCCCCCACCACUUUUGGCACAUCCUUCGCUACCUUCCGCCCCGCUCUCUCUCACUCUGGCUCCACCAGGCCUCUCUCUGUCAUUCUUCCUGUUCCUGCGUCCCCACCCUAUACCCGCCCCCCUGGAUCCAGCUCCUCCUCUCCCACAUCAAAGGUUCCUAUCUGGAAGGAUUGGUCCAAAGCAGGUCAGUAUGAGCAGCCAGUGGCUGCGGCGGCAGUUCAGAGGAGAAGGGAACCUCUUGAUAGACUGAGGGAGAACGAGGCAUCACCCGGCUCCCAGGGAUACGCCGGGCCGUCACACCUUGAUGACAUGCAGAGAUCCAGGAUGACCCCGGCUACCAUUGCUGCCAAGCACGGCGAGGAGGUUUCUCCAGCAGCCAGUGACCUGGCCAUGGUGCUGACCAGAGGGCUGAGUAUGGAGCAGCAGAAGAGCAGCAGAGACUCCCUGCAGUACUCCAGCGGCUACAGCACAGAGACCACAACCCCGUCCUGCUCUGAGGACACAAUUCCUUCACAAGGUUCAGAUUAUGACUGCUACUCAGUGAAUGGGGAUGCUGAAGGUCCCGAUGGACAGACAGAGUUCGACAAGUCCUCCACCAUUCCUCGCCACUCUAACAUUGCUCAGAACUACCGACGCAUGAUCCAGACCAAGAGGCCAGCCAGCACGGCCGGGCUACCCAGUGGGGUUCUUGGUCCUGGGGUUCAUGGGAUACCAGGACAACCUGGUGGAGCAGGUGGCGGUGGAGCAGGUACUCCAGGCACUGCCACCAUCCGCCGAACCCCGUCUACCAAACCAGGCGUGAGGCGCACACUGUCCAAUGCGGGGCCCAUCCCCAUCCGACCACCCAUUGUGCCUGUCAAGACCCCCACUGUUCCAGGAGACUCACAUUCACCUGGCGCUGGUGGGGGUGGGUAUGCAGGUGGAGGGCACGCGGGUGGCGUGCCUGUUCGUGUGGGCAGCGAAGAGUGUGUGUUCUUCACAGGAGUCGAGGAUGCACAGGGAGCGCUUGAUUAUGUGAAGGCGUCACCAAAGCGUCUCAGCCUGCCUAACACCGCCUGGGGAUCAGGGGCAGCAUUAGAGGUCUACGCCCAGCAGCAUGGGGGCCUUGCAAUGGGAACGGGCUCAGGGGCUGGAUCAGAGGAGGAUCAGAUGAUCGCGGCCAAUCGGCACAGUCUAGUGGAGAAGAUCGGCGAGUUGGUAGCCAGUGCACACGCCCUUGGAGAGGGGCAGUUUCCUUUCCCCGCCCUCCCCGAUGACCCAGCCCUGCAACCAACUGGCCCCGGUGACAGUCAGAUGGCGACAGAAGGGGUAGAAGGGUCCGGUGACAUGUUGACCACCAUCAGGAGAGGAGUCCGCCUUCGCAAGACCGUCUCCAAUGACCGAUCAGCACCGCGUAUCUUGUGAUUGGAGGAGAAGCAGGAAGAGGAUGAUACUUGUCAGCCAGUAGGGAAUCAGGUGUUGGUGUGGUGCAACCCAACCGCCUAGUACAUACACAAGAACUUAACCAUGUAGGGAAAGCUAUAAUAUAACAGAAGAUGAAUAAAAACAAAAACAUACACAAAAAAUAAGUUUAAAGACGUCAUUAGAGUAAAUGAUAUAUAAUAUAAUGAUAAUAAUAACAUUAAUAAUGUUAACCCAUGCUGACAAUUAAAAGUUAAAUACUGAAUAUUGACAGGCUCCUAGCUGGCCACUAUAACUAGUGUGUGUUGGACGCAUGUUUGUCUUCUCUACACCUUCACCCAGGGACGGAAAGACUUGCAGGAAAAACAGAUAUGAUUAAAAAAAGGCAAAGAAAGAGAGAAAGACUGGGUUCUGUUUGCCAACUUAGACCCUUCCCCAUCCUCUUCUCCAACUAACCGACUGUCUAAUCCCAGAUGAAAGACUGAUGACUGAAGGAGGGGGCCAGUGGGGGCCGGAGAGAGGGGGGUCAGAGUGCCAUGUGAACAGCUGGAUUUGAACCCAGGCUGUCUCAGCAGCAACAUACUGUACUUAUUAGCCCACUGAACUGAAGCUUUGGUAUUAGCACGGGGAGCUAACAAGCCAGAGGGCUCCUCUGGUUCAUCCUAAUGUAAAAGAGUGUUUAAAAAAAUACUGUUGGCAUUGAACCGUGCUAGUACCCCCUUCCCCUCUCUCUCUCUCUGUGUGUGUAGUGUGUGAGUGCGCGUGCAUUCAUGUGUAUGCAUGUGGGCAAAUGUGAAAUGUGAGCGUGUGUGCACGUGAUUGAUUGUGUAUGUGUGUGCGAGGGGGGUGGGUAGAGCUCUGCUGCAGGACAGCUGGUUACCCAAUGAGGGCAGGGCUUUUCUCCUGUGUGUUGUGUGUGUACUUUCUUGUUUAUAUCGUGACGUCAUUUACCUUGUUACCACUGUACGAGAAGUUACGAAAAGUAAUCCAGGCGUAUAGAUAUAUUCAUAUAUAUUUUCUAGAACCAGAGAGAAAAUGUUAAAUCAGAAAUGGAGCAAUAAAUGUGUUUUAUUUUCUUGUUUCCAAGAAGAGGAUCGAUGGAGGAUUGUAGGUUCUCCUUUGUCACAUUCAGGCAAUCAUCAGGAAUGCUAAAUUACACGUUGACUGUGAAUUCCUUUUUGGCGUGUCUCUCUCCCUGUCCCUGUCUCUUUCUGGUGGAGGAAAUGGAUUACAAAAUUGUUGAAAAAAAAAAAAAAAAACUGUAAGCACUUUGAUAGGUGGUAGAGUAUGUACAAUAGCCACAAGGUGUUGCUGUAGUCAUACUGUAUGAUAGGGAGGGUGAAAGUGAGAGAGAUAGUUGCCAGUAAGACUGCGUCCUGAGGAAAUUAUUUAAUUUGUGGAAGAAGAAGAGAGAAAGGGACAAAGAGGAAGUGAUAUAGACUGGUGGAAUCGGAGUGAUUGGUCAAAUGAGAGAUGGGAUAAGAAAGUAGAGCAAAAUACUGAUCUAAAAAUGGAUUGAACGUCAGUGCUCUUCAGGGUUCUACAAGCCAUCGCCUGCUGUGGAUUGUGAAUGGCACUGAAGCUUUUUAUAAUGUGGGUGCACUGGUAUCUGAAGGACUGAACACAUAAUGCAAAAAAAUACACUGCACAAAUAGGUAAGACUACUUUUGCCUAUAGACUUUAAAGGGUUGGUUCACCCAAAUGGCAAAUAAACAUAUUUACUCACGAGUCAUGCAAAUUGUUUACUGGCUCAGGUUAAGAUAUAUGCCUCCACCCCAUAACAGAGGAGGAACAUUUCAUUUUGUUUGUGGUACAUUCAAUUUCAGCAUCUCCUCUUUCCUUUGGAUUGUCUCUAAACCUCAAUUAGACUACAUUCUACCACGAUAAGCACAUUUGAUUGAUUAUCAAGAGCAACAGGUUAGCAAGGCAACAUAUUUAGAUUUUCUUGUGUGUAAAUUAAGUUUUAGUUAAACUGAAAACCACCUUCACAACACUGAUCUAGCAGUUGCACACAAAAAUCUAGGCAGUGCUUUUGAGAACUGAUACAAUAUCACACAAAAAAUAUCACAGUACAAUAUUUUCUUUUACCCCAAUAACAAGGAAACUGUUUCAGAAGAAUAUUUUUAAUGAUUUUUUUUCAAUACUGUGAACACAACAAAUGAAAUUGCAUAGAUCUUACAGUAUGUAGAAAAUAUGCAUAUUAUGCAAUUUGUUAUAUGUUAUUUGGGUUCAGCAACACACAAACAUAGAUCAACAGUGGACUUGAAAUGUAUUUGCACAUGCAGAUUAUGUUCAUUGGAUAUAAAUUUGAGCGCACUCAUUGAAUGCUGUGGGACUGUAUUUCCGAUGUCCAAAAGAUUAAAUUACAAAGUAAUCUCCACUCAUGUUCAAGUGCAAAUACAUAUCAGCACAAAGACUUAUUUGCAAAUAUAUUCUUACCUAUAAAUACUGUAUAAUUUUGCAUUAUGAGACAGAAAAGUUUAGCCUUAUACAAAUCUGAACAACAGUUUUUUGUCCCAGAUUUGCCUGUAGUUAAAACCUUGCUAUCUAAACUAAAGUGGCUACCCCAUUAUGGUUCAGCUCAGUUCAGUGCAUCAACCCAGUUCAGCUCAGGACACGGCUGUAUGAAAGGAUUAUUUAUGGACAUUAAGAUGUGAGAAAAGGUGAAGCCUGUUUGAUGCGCUUGCUGAUGGCAAAGAAGCAGAAGGGUUUAAAUUAGACUUUUUAUGCUGACAGAGAGAGGAAAAUAUGUGUGGAAUGAGCAUUUCACUGCCUGUUCAAACAAUAUUUACUCCAUGUGCUGUACCUGUAAAUGAGAAUCCGGCGCACAGAUUUGGUAUAAAGGUUUGUUAGAAAAUAUUACAUGGAAUAUUCAGUUUUUUGUUUUUGUUUUUCAUUCUGCAGUACUGUUUGAAUAUUUAGUCUUACUUUUAAUUAAUGUAAAAAGAAGAAAAAACUCCAGUUGUAACACUAAACUGUGUAACAUAUGGAUGUAGGAUGUGUGGGCCGAGAGUGAGUGUGUCCUCGUUUGGCUGUUGAACUGUAGGCUAGUGAACUCUUCAUCAUCAUAUCUGUACGCUCUUCUAGCAGUGACCUGAACAUAGCCGGUGACAUCAGCGCUCUUAUAUGCUCUUUUUUUCCCUUCUGAACAGAGCACUGUUUUAACCUUGUUUGUGGCUGUUUGAAAAGAGAAUGAUGAUGAUUUAAUUUAAAGAGGUAGAGAGGAGAAUGUUUGCAAUUUUUAAACAUGGUCACCCUCUGCAAGCACACUUUUCUUUUUGAACUUUGAAGGAGUGCUUUGGCGAGGGGAUUUUUUUUUUUUUUUUUUCGUCUGGGGGAAACUACUGUAUGUGUGUUGUCACAUGUGGAUGCUGUGUGUUGUAUCAGCUGAAUCUGACUGGGUGAGAGGGUGGAAGGGGAGAGCAGCGGGCUUGGACUCCACCCCCCCCCCCAAAAAAAAAAAACAUUUUGGGUGAGAAAAUGUUGAUCUGAAGAGUUUGUUUAAGACCGCCUGUCGAGGUCACACUGUACAUGAAUAUACGUACGUCUGCUGAAUGUACUGCAAGGUGAAGGGGGACAUCGGACUGUACAUUUUUGACUUGCUCGAACUAUUGCAAGGUCAGAACUUUGUUCUCGUACCAUGGAAUUAAGUUUCCAGUUUAAACAGUAAGAAAGCAAUACAGAGACAGUGUGCAUGUACGUACAUUCACAACGAUGUUCCAGUGUGGGCAUGUUAAAGGAAAAUACCACUGUUUUGUCCACUCAAGGAUACUUUUGUUCUCCAUCUAAAAGCUACUCCACAUCGCAUGGCUAUGAUGGCCUGAUCUGGAGUUUGGGACACUGUUAGAAUCUGAAUGUGUAUGUGUAACAACUGAAUUCACUGCCAGUUUACCUACAGCGAGAUAUUUCCUGAUAAAAGGGUUCAUAAGGGCCUGCAGAACAGACUCGCUGCUUAAUUCACAAUGAUCAUGGAUUAUGGAGUGUGAGAUGAGAGGAAGAUAAAACAUUGCUAUUUUCCUUUAAAAUGCCCAGUUAACAGCACAAAAUGUUAUCUAACUUAUCAAUAAUGUCUUUUUUUAACAUGCUGAAUUAACUGUGUACUGAACUAACUGUCUGAACAAGCUGAAAUAACUACUCUGCUACAGGUGUGUCAAUAUGCCCAUGAGUGUAUGUGUAUGUGGGUAGAAGUAGGCCUACCAAAGGACAUUCUGUAGGAACACACAUUGACACAUAGCCAGAUUUACAUGCGUGCAGGCAUGCGUGCAUACAAACAAACACGCACACAAGCACAGAUACACAUCAUAGGAUACACACAAAAAAACGAUCCCUUCUUCCUUAACUGGUGAAACGACACAGUCCCAACUACAGCAUGUCCAAAAGGAACUGGCACUGUAUUAAGUAACAUUUUGUUUAAAAUUAAUUUCAUUGUUUUGAGUUAAAAGGUUGAAAAUAUCCCAUCUAUACUCUCAGUAACAUCACAUUUGAAUUUAUUUUGCUAUUAGCUGCUAGCGUGUGAGCUAGACAACAUCUAGAUCAAUACAAACAUGGAACAUUGAACAUUCCUUUCAUGUUGCAAGUAGUUACAUACAGUAUGCAUACUUGAAUAGCAGUUGAAAUAAUGACUUCAGAAAGUACUGUAUUUCAAUACAUACAGCUAGCCCAACCGAUUAUAGUGCUGUUGAGUAUCAGGUAUACUAUGACUAAUAUGAGUUUACAUAGACUGUCCAGUGGAAAAUACUCUUAUUAGCUUUCUUGCUGAGAAUUAGAUGAGAUGAUUGAUGAAGCUACUUUAGCUUAGCAUAAAAACUGGAAGGGAAAACUGCUAGCUUGGCUUUUCCAAAGUUAAAUAAUCCACCUACCAGCAUCUCUAAGGUUCUCUAAUUAACAUGCUAUAUCUUAUUUGUUGAAUCUGGACAACAAUCAAUGUGUAAAAAUGACAAGUUGUGGUUUUUUUGGCACCUGGUGGAAAUAAAAUGAAGAACCCAGACUAAAAAGCAAA